CAUAAUAAGAUUUUGAAGUAAUUAACUUAAUUAAGAAGUAUGUUUUUCUUGAAACAAGAUCUGGUAUUGAACAAAUAUUUCUGGUUUUAUGUUAUUAAUGCAGGAAGAAGUGAAUUCAACCCCGUGAAUGGAGGAGGAACUGGGGGAUAUGGAGGUCCAGAUGCUGAGUUAAUGGUGGACACUGUCUUUGUCACUGGUUUACCAGAGGAUGUAAAUGAGCAACAGCUGGGUGAACACUUUGGCUCUAUAGGAAUAAUUAAGAUGGACAAAAAGACUGGAAAGCCUAAGAUCUGGAUCUAUAAGGACAAGAUGACUGGCAGAGGAAAAGGUGAAGCAACUGUCACAUAUGAUGAUCCUCCAACAGCCACCUCUGCUAUAUCCUGGUUCGGUGGAAAGGAGUUUCUUGGAAACAUAAUUAAAGUUGAGCUGGCCCAGAGAAAGCCCCAUUCCUUUGGAUCAGGUCGAGGUGGAGGUGGUGGUGGUAUGCGUGGUGGAAGAGGUGGCCGUGGUGGAGGAGGUGGAGAUGGUGGACCUCCAAUGGGUGGUGGUAGAGAUGGUGAUUGGCAGUGUCCAAAUCCGGCUUGUGGAAACAACAACUUUGCCUGGCGAGAUGUGUGCAAUCGCUGCAAAUCCCCACGGGGACCAGGAAGCCCGGCACAUGAUGGCUCUCAGUCUCGAGGUGGACCUCGAGGAAGCAUGAGAGGACGUAGUGAUAGGGGACGUGGUGGAUCACCCAUGGGAGGACGAGGUUUUGGUCGAGGAGGGCCUGGUCGUGGUGGAUUUGGGGAUCGAGGUGACAGAAGAUCAAGACCUUAUUGAAGCAUGUUUCCCUGAUUUACUGACAAAUGAAAAAAAGAAUCGUUUAAGCAACUGUAGUCAUCAACUCAUUGUCAUAUUACCAGAACUUCAUCACUGUGUCAUUGUUUUAUUAUGUUUGUUGUAAAUGUCAGCAGUUAACUGUAAGUCUUGGUGAUCUUUUAUUGAAAUACACGUUUCUUCUCCACAACGUUGUUCUGAAAAUGUUUGAUAGGUCUAUGGGUAAGUUGCAGACGUGCUAAUGAACAAGUUUAAUGUUUAAUUUAGUAAUCAUGGAAUAAAGAGUGACAUAUCAAAGAGAGAGCGUUUUUCCGUUGUAUAUGGGGUUAUAGGUUUCUCAAAGAAAUAAAAAAAAAAGUUUUUUUGGGGGGUUAUUGCACAGUUUAAAACAGAUUCUGCAACAGGACAAACUGGAGGCAUUGUAAAUCAGAUAUCAUUAAAGCAGGGAUGUUUUAUUACUAACCUUUUUAAGAUAACUAAAGACAAUGCAAGUUUGGGAGAGUGUGAUUCUUGGCUGUAAUGUGUUAAGGCUUUUCAAUGAUAAUCAUGAAAUCAGAAACUUUAAUAUUAUGUUAUCCUUAACAUGUAUCCUGCUAACAACUGUAUUAUUUUUUUUAACCCCUGCAGUUGCUCUGCACUCUUUCCCUUAUUCUACUUUAAUAUGUCAUAUUGUACCACACCAAAACCAUUUAUAUGAUUUUAAGAAAAGUUUUUAUUCUUUAAUUGUUGAUAGAAACUGCAAAUAAUUCGUCUACUAAAAUUAUGGCUUUUCAGAUUCCUGAAAGAUAUUCUAAGAACUUGCAUUCUUUUGAUGUGAGACUACAGUCAUUUGAAAACAUCCAAGAGUGCAAAUGGCUCAAAUAAAUAAAGAUUGCAUCUUCCAGUAAAAAAAAACUACCUUAAAAAUGACUUUCCCCUCCAGCUUUUCACAUACUGCAUGUUCAGAAUGAUACCAGUUUCACAAAUACAAGUUAUCGAGUUGGUGAUAUGCUAAAAUUUAUUGAUGCUUGGGGUAAACUUUUCUGAUGUUUAACUUUGGGAUUAAUUUUAUUGGAAGCAUUUAAUGUUCAAAGUGAGUCAAGAGUUGGAUACAUAAUCGUAACUCGUGACUGUUAUUAUCAAAGAACUGAAGCUGGGCAGUACAUAACUAAUAAAAUAAUGUGAUUUUAGUUGGCUUAAAAAGGAUCUGGGAAACCAGUGUGAACAGCCACAAACGUUUAUAUUUAAAGAUUAAUUCUUUAAUAAAAAUAACUCGUUAAUUUCAGAAUUAAGUUGAAUGAACAUACAAACUUGAAAGUAAGAUAGGUUUUGGUGUGAAUAACUUUAAAAAUGAUUGAUAAAAAGUGUUUCCAAAAGAGUGGACUACACUAACAUUAUCAAAAAAAAAUGGCAAAAGUAAACUAUUCCUUAACAAAAAUUUAAAAAAUAUCUUUGAGCUAAUUAAUAUUUUAUCAUCAUAGGUAGUUCUUAGUUAAGAAUAUAAUAUUACCCAGUGAUCUUAACAUUAGGUGGCAGGCAAUCUUGUAUGAAACAAAUUUGGCAUUAUAAUGCUCCACAAUGUACUGAUUCUUGGUUUUCAUAAUUUUCUAAAUAACUUGAUGCAUUUCUUGACUUUGUUUAUUAUCAACAAAUCACAAGUUGAUUUUUUGACAAUAUUGUUUUUGGUGUCUGUCAAGCUUUUUGGGAAAUAACAUAGUUCUCAAGGAUUUGCUAGUACAUUUUAGUAAUGACAGCUAAAUAUUUUUAUAUGUCGAUUUAUAUCCAUUUAUACACGCCAGUCGAUUUCUCUCACUUAUGUGAAUAGCUAGACUUCAUCAUACAGUCUAUUUGAAAUUUUUGGUGCAUUUUAAUUUUUACCUGCUAGUUUCUGAUUUUAUAUUCUAAUACCAGAGGUAGAAAUGACGCAAAAUAUCCUUGAAAUUUGAAAUUAUUAACGAUUUGUAGAAAAACUUAAUGCUAAUAAGAAAAUAGAUCUUGAAUAAACCUUUCCUGAAAGUAUAGGCUGUACCACUCCUGUUGUGUUUUCAAAAACUACAAAUAAGGUUGAAAACAAUGAGUAAAACAACUAUUCCCUAAUUUACAGUUUCACAACAGUAAAUAUAUUGCCUAACCAUAUUGGUAAGAGAACUUGUAAGCUGUUAGUAGUAUACUUCAAAAAUGUAUGUAACCUUACGCAAAAUAUUGUGGAAGCUGGUUGCCACACACAUUUUUUGAAGUUACUACUGAUGUGCAACCUGUCAACUAUUAAUUUAGACUUUAAUUUAACAUAUUACUUAACACAGUAACUCUUGAACUACUGCAAUAAGCAUUUAAGGUAAUUCAAGCAGUAACUUUUUUUUUUUUAAUGUUAGAGCAAAAAUUAAAAUUUUUUCGGGUAAUUUCUAUGCUACUAAUGACAAAUAUUGAAGUUAGAAUCACUUAUUUAGUUCUCUGCUCUUGUAGAUCUAUCAUAAUGGUUUGCUUGGGUUUAGUUUUUCAGAGCUAUUAAUCAAUCCAACAAUAAUCAAUAUAUGAUUAUUUUUUUUAAAACGAGAAAAAAAUCCUGUUAUAUAGCUAUUAUAUCUGAAGACUAGAUUUUUCCUUUUCUGGUGCAUCUACUGAAUUUCUUUUUUACAUAUAAUUUUUUAAAAGCUAUGUUAUUGAAGAGAAUAACUUGCUUAUAUAAAUAACACAUUUCAUUUGACAGUAGAAUCAAGGAAGACAAGACUUCAUUUUGUCUUGUACUAGUAUAAUGAGAUAUGUGUGUAUAACAUCAAAAUGUUGCCCUAACAGAGAAACAAUAAAAACAUUUUAAAGCAAAAA